AUGUUCGUGUCUAAUCUUAGGGAUAUUCAAGAUACAGCUUCUGACGUCAAGAUGGACCAGAUCAAGCCCCCAAAGAACUUAGUUCUAUCCCGGGAGAGCAUGAACGCCGCCUUAGAUGCCCUUCGGGCUGGACUCCAUGUGUCUGAGGUCGCUGAAGAAGUGGCUCAGAUUGUUUCUUCUAGGAAGGUUAGCCGACCUCCUGCCAGAGCUUCCUCUCGAGCUCCUAAGCCGAGCUCCUGCGGUGCCGGAUCCUCUAGGCCAUCUAGCCGUGGCAGGUCGACCUCGGCUCCUAAACCUGCCCAGGAGUCUAGAUCCAAUCAAGCUUUCAUAGAGGAGGUGAGGGAAGCUCCACGGGUCAUUGCGAAGCAGACAGAAGACAUUGAACAGGCAAGGUCGGAUCUUGCUCUUUCUUCCGAGGAGGUGCUAGGGGGAAGGUUUGGGUCCCCCAUUAUUGAAGAGGAAGCCCCAAGGAAGGGAAUGGAGGUCGUACUUGUGGAAGAGAAUGUCCUGGAGGCCCCUAUCGGAGAUGCCCCUGCCCCUGUGGGGACUGGAUCUGGAUCUGUUGACGGAGGCGUCACAGUGAAGACCGGGGACAAGCGUCUAGCCCCUCCUGAAAUAUCUCCCCCAACUCCUGCUCGGAAGAAGUCCAGGGCUUCCAAAGGAUCAGCUCCAGCCCUCCCUCCUAUUGGAAAGGAAAAAGAUGUCCCCGUAGUACCUCUGUUGUCUGCUCCUGACAACGAUAUUCUGAACGCGAAGGACAUCACCCACCAAUCUCUGGCCAGUGUAGUUGCCGAAAUCCUCAAAGAGCGGAUGUUUGGUGGCAUUACGGAGGCUUCAGAUCCAUGCCUGCUUGCCCUCACUGGUCUUCUAGCCAGUUCUACUAAGGAGCAAGCAGCGUUCCGAUCUCGACCUCGGGAGGAGCUCGAGGAUAUGAUUAGGGAGAUGCUUCUAAUGGCGCGUUUGGAGGAGAACUUGUCUGCCACCAGCGACGCCAGAGGCAAUCUCACGGCUGCUAGAGAGCACUCUGAAUCCCUCUGGCUUGAGCUACAUACAGCCUUGGAGGCUCUCAAGAGGGCUGAUGUGAGGGCCUCUGAGGCGCAGGAACACGCUAAAUCCCUGGAGGCGGAGUUGUCUCACACCCGAGGGGUCCUGAAGGAAUCUAAUGAGAGGGUAGCUGCAGCUGAGGUUCGCUGUGAGGAAGUUUUGAAGCAGUUGUCCUCCAUAGUGGAGACCCUUCGUGAGAGGAACGAGGCUAUAAGCCAAAAGGACGAGGUCCAGCGCCAAUAUGAGGCCCUGAAGGCUGAUUUCGAAGAAAUUCAGGCUCACAUUGAUAAGGUGGAGAUUCAAAAAGAGGGGGCUCUGGCUCAAGUGGAAAUCCUCGAGCAGGAGCUGAGUACGAGCUCUGAACGUAUCAGAGACCUGGCUUCAUCGGCGGAGGAGUCCAAACUUCAUAAUCAACAGCUCAGCCAUGAAGUCAGGACUUUAGAACGUAAAUGUUCAGCUCUGCUCGAGGAGACCAGACAUGCUGAGAACAAGAUCCAGCUGGAGUGUGAGAGGCGUCUAACGGAGUAUCAGGAGUCAGAUGAGCUAAAAAGGAAGAUUGAGCAGGCCUGUGAAGCUUACCUCCAAGAUUAUAAGGAUUCUCCUGAGCUGAAGGCAAUUAUAGCUGAGGCCUGUGAGUCACAACUUGCGGAGUAUAAAGCCUCUGAUGAGAUGAAGACUGCUGUUUGGCAAAAAGGCUUCCGCAUAUUCGCGACUGGCUUCAAUCGGGGUUUAAGAGAAGCCAGGCUUGCUCUUGAUAUCCCUCUAGCGAAGCUCCGAGUUGCUGAGGUGGACUCUGAUGGCGAAAAUGUGCUAUACGGGGAGGACGACUUUCCCUUGCCCAGAGGAACCUCUCGCAUUGCAGCUGAAUCUUCUUCAGAGGAAUCUGAGCUGGAUGGGGAAGGUGUGGACGUCCUCGAACUUGGGGAGGAUGACUUCGGUCCUCAAGAAGGGGAUGUAGAGCUAGGAGAGGAAGGUGCUAGUCCUUCAGGGCUGGAGACUGUGCCUUUUGUUGGCACUGAUGGGUCUGAGCUGGAGGAUGCCAGACCUCCUUCAGAUGUUAAUGUAAAUGUAAAUAAAGAUAGUAUAGGUGACGAUGUUCCUAGAAAUGUAAGUCCCUUAAGGACCUUUUUCCCUCAACCUUAG